AUGGAGUUGUCACCCUUCUUCAACCAUGAUGAUGGCAGUCAAAUGAGUGAUGGAAACAACACCGUAUCAUCUGGAACUGGAACUCGACACUUUUAUAGUGGAACAAGUUCCUUAGCUUCAAUGAGCCAAAAUGGUUUGACAGGAGCAGCAGCAGUAGGAGCAUCGGCAGUAGGCCUCUCAAGUAUAGAACAAACAUCAUCAUACGUUCCAGAAUCUCCCACAUUUGUUUUCAGUGAUUUGGUUAAUCUGUUUAACUCAAACAAAGAUGAAUAUACUCUCGUGUCCAAGGGGAAUGAUAUAAUUGGGCUUUUACAAAAAUAUCCAAAUCUACAACAUGAUUUACAACUCUCCAAAAUUCUUCCCAAGCUUUGCUUUCUCAUGUAUCAUAAAUCACUGGAAGUCAGAGCUGUUGGAUUUAAGGCUGUUCGGUAUCUUGUGGGUAACACGAAAGAUUUGUCGUUAAUGAUUGUCUAUGGUAAACUUCUUAUUUUUAUCAUUCGAACGUUAAGUAACUCCAAAAGCUCGUUUAUAGAGAGAUUGGAACUGGUGAAGUUGAUACGCAAGAUCAUAAACUUACCGCCAAAUGGAGUAGACUUUCUUUCCAUUGGGGUAGUCAAAGCACUUAUAAAACUCAUUAAAGCCGAUACUGAUAUGGAACCAACUAUGUCCUCCACAUUCAAUACUCAACUGCCUCCACAGGAAAUUUCCAAUGAUGAAGAAAUUCAAUUUGUGAAGUUGAAUAUUGAAACCAUUUGUGAAAUCACCUUGCUAAAACCUCAACUUUCAUUUUAUAGUGGGGGGUUUAAUUUUCUUUUACUGUGUGUUAUCAAUUCCACUCAUUAUCCAAUUGAACUCUCGGUUGUUUGUGUGGAAGUAAUUAUGAAAUUACUUGAUUGGAAGUUCUCUAGAAAAUAUCUAAGGAAUGGAUUGGACCUUAAUCUGUUGAUUCUGAUAUUUUCCGUUUGUGCUGACGAAGAAGAUCCCGUUGAAAUGGCCAGUGAUGGUAAGCGUAAGCGUAAAUCAAUGCCUGCCACUGGCCUACAAAGUCAUACGCAAGGAGGAACAAAAAAGAAGAAGAUGACUUCUAGUGCGGUAAAUCAAUUACAAAGGAUGUCUGCCUUGAUUACAAUGAUUUUAAAAAAUUUUAAUGGAGUCAUUUGUUUUACUAUGAAUGAUGGGUGUAUUCUUGGAAAUUUACUCGAGAAUUUAAAGAGAAGAAAUAAUAAAGUUAAAGAUUUAAUAUUGGAUAUUCUUUUUGAUGUUCUACUAAUUCGGUCGUUGCCGUGGGCAAAAUCUUGUCCUUUGGUUCAAUGGAUGGCUAGGUAUCAAGCAUGUUCAGCUGGUUUGACUCAACCAAAACAUGAACAAAUACAAUACGACAGAUUGCCCAAGUUCUUUUUAAGCUAUAGUUUAACGAAUCACUAUGUUGGUCUUCUUACUUUGGUUCUUAUCAGAUUAGAUAUCAUUGACAUGCUAUCCCAAGUUAUUGAGGACGAGAAAACCCCCAUUGCUCUUGUUGAAAAGCUGACAGACUUAUUAAGUCACAUAUUACGUCUAGGCUCAGACUUGGUACCUCCGGAGUUGUUGGAAGAGAAAUUGAUAAAGCAUAGAGCUUCGAACUCAGCAACGAUUUUUAGAUUGGAUGAGUUUAUUCAUAAACUGCAGGCAGUGGGAACGAAUUCAUUAUCCAAAUCUACCACCCAAAUCACCCGAGCAAAUCUCUGUGAGGAACGAGCUAAAGCUCAACAGCAGGUUAAUCUACAAGGACGACUGAAUAUUUCCAACGAAGAAUUCAAAGCGAUGAUUGCGUCUACAAGAGUACUUGAAAUAAAAAAAUAUGAAGAUUGGAAUCUACCUCUUUUAAUUCAAUUAGUUGAAGGUCCACUUCGGAACCCGAAAAGGUUUGAUGAAAUUAUUGAACGUAAUCCCAAGUUUUUAAAAAGAAUUUUGAGUUUCUAUCGACCAUUCAAGUUUCGGUUUUGCAGUAUGUCCAUAAAUUCUCGAUACAAAGAUAGCUUUAUAGAGUUGGGAUGUCUGUUGUUAGAGACGUUCUUACAAGUUGUUCCGCAAGGGGUGAAAUAUCUUGCUAAUAACAAACUAUUGGCUCAAUUGAGUGAAAUAAUGGCCCAGAUUGACCCUUAUAGUGGUAUAACUGCCCGAGACCCGACGUUUUCAAAGAGAAAAUUGGAAAACAAUUUAGGGUAUGGGUACUUACAAUUCAUUGGAGUUUUAUCAAGGUACGAAAGUGGUAUUGCCAUACUUGAAUCAUGGCAAUUUAUUAAUAUCCUCAAUGACUUAGUUGACUACAGUCAACUUAUAAACAAGAAUAACUAUUUCUUGUGGAACUUGUUCAUGUACAUUGAUUUGAAUAAUACAAACUCCCCAUUCAGAAUUAUCUUUUGGAAGUUGAUGGUUGGCGCAAAUCUCAAGUUACGGCUUAAAGUAAUGGAGAAGUUGGUAGGACCUCAAUUAUUAUAUCUGUCUGAAUGUCAAUCGUUUAUUUGUGAAAUAUUUGUUGAGUUGCUUAUGGAUCUGAAUGAAGAAAUUAUUGAAAAGCUGAUUGACUUUCUUGAUAUCUUACUAAAUCAAGUUGUUGAUACCGAUGUAUUUUUGGAUUAUUUCAUUAGCUUGAAGCCAUCUGUUAGAGUUUUAACGAAAUGGCCAAAGGGGAAAGUAUUAGUACUUAAAUGCUUGGGCUGCAUAAAAGGGUUCCGCUAUUUAAAGCAAGAAGGUUUUGUUGACAAGGAAUUACAAGCAAAUUGGAGUCUGGAAGCUUUGGAUAGUCUCAAGAUUUUGCAUACCAUCGAAAGAUUAAUUCAACAUCUGUUUUCACCAUUAUUACGUGGCCAGUGGACUUCUAAUACCGACAUGUCUUUUAUCAAACAAUUGUUGAAUACAGAAGACGGUUCACAGUAUUUCAGAACGAAGAAGCAUCAAUUGAUCGAUACAACUAUCAAGGAAAUAUUGGAUUUAUUUCCUCUAGCCGUUGAGCAGAGAGUUACUACUAUGUCGCUUAACUUUGAACGUGAACAGUCCAGCGGUGGUGGAUCGGAUGUACUGAACGUUAUGCGUUCUGAUAUUUCUCCGACCAAGAGUAUCAAUCGGAAUAUAUCCAGCUCCACUACCAUUACAUCACCAAUAGAGACAACUACAACGGCAGCAGGAGGAGCAACUAUCACUAGUACCUCAAACUGUAUUGGUAGUGAGCCAUUGGAAGAUUUAUACUCAAGUACCCAAAGAAUGGCACGAUUGAAGCAGAAUUUAUGGAUUAUUGGAUUAGUGGCCUCCACAAAGUAUGGCAUAGAACUUAUUGAUCCUAUGGGUUCAGCUAAUAUUUGGAACCAAGCACUUUUGAAUCACUCGCCGUUGUUAUCACCUCCUUUCACAAGAUCCAACUCUGCAACCACCACACCAACCACAGCAUCACGUACUUCUUCAUUCACGAUGAAGUCCAAUGGAUACCAAACAAAUUCCAACAACAACAACAACAACAACAACAACAACAACAAUAAUAAUAAUAAUAAUAACCCAGUUACAUCAGGUCAGGGAAGCUCAAGUGUAUUCAAUCCUGGCUCCUUUACACCCUUGAAAUCCACUGCCACUGCCCGUUCCAGAGCAUCCACAAUAGUACGUGAUAUUAAUCAUAGCUCACCAGUUGCAGUAAUUAUAGAUCUUUUCCACAAGUGUCCUAUCUGGCAAAUUAAACUGUGCUGUUUCUAUGUAUUGGGUAUGAUAGCCCUGACAGCUGAAGGAAUGGAAAUGCUUGACGAAUUUGGAUGGGUAUCAGUUAUUGAUAAUUAUAAGAUUGCUCGAGGUUAUUGCUACCCUACUUUGAAGGGAACCAUUGGGAUAUUUGAAGAAGAAGAAGUCAGUCAUUUUGAUGAGGGCAUAAUGGAAGAUUUGAAAUUUGAAGGUUAUGAAGAGAGUAAUGGGGUAUUCUUGUCUGAUGAAUUAGAACAAACGGCAGUGUCACCAUCUGAUGUUCCAAGUUCGAUCGGUGGUGCAAAUAUUUCUAAUGUUACUCUAACUGGUGGUGGUGGUGGUGGUAAUAAUACUUUUAAUAGUAAGAUGACUGCUUCAACCAAUAUGGCUGUUCCCAAUAGUACAACUAUGAAUCGUACCACCACAGGAGGAAGUAGCAAUACUCCACUAUCUACUGCUGGACCCAAGGAAGUGUAUGACCACCAAAUAUUCACUGAGGUUACCAAGGCUCCACAACUAACAAUAGCAAACGAAGGACAAGAUAACCACGAGAACAAAGAAGCAGAUCAAUUUGAAUCUGGAGAAAGUCAAGUUGCAACUGAAUUAGUUACUCCUAGUUCGCCAAGACCCGAAUUGAAUGAAGAGGAUUUGGAAGAUAAAUUGAAAAAGAGAGUGAUUUCUUUGAUUGUUCAUAUGAACAGCGUUUUGAGUAGAAUUGAAAGGAAAUGCAAAAAGGAAUUGAUAAGACUUAAAAGUUUAAUUCCGGAUUUAUUUGAAAAUAGUGACUUAUUUCUUGAGGUGAUCAAAUUAAUUGAUAAAGGAAAUUAUUCGUUUGCUAGUCGGAACUUUAUCUUUAAUGAACUCUUUGAUGAAGCAAAGAUUUACGAAUGCUUAUUGAAGAAUGCUAGAAGAAUACGUUCGACUACUGUGUGA